AUCGACUGGAAAACCCCAAACAGCCGAAUUGUUCGCCGCUUAUCGCCAAUUUCGGCAGCCCGGCUACUUCAAUCACGAUCAGGUGCCCAUCACAUCAGAAGCAACAGUCUGACCGCGAUGUUCAUUCUUUGCGCACUAUUAGCUUUGGUUUCCAGUGCUACGAGUGCUACGAAUUUUUGCUGUGAUCCUCUGCUGGCUCCGAUUCGCUGUGGAGUACCGAGGCUGCAGCCGGACGCAUUACCAUCACGCCCAUCGGAAGCGAUCCGCGGGGAGUUUCCGUGGCAUGCCGCUUUGUAUCGGGAAGAAAGCGGAAACUUUUCCUACAGUUGUGGAGGAUCGUUGGUUAGCGAGCGAUUCGUCAUAACGGCAGCGCACUGCGUGAUUAAUCCCAACAAUGGAUAUAAGUUGACGGUGAAGCGUGUAAAGGUGCUGCUGGGUGGUCACGAACUGGGAGCAGAAGAUGAGUGCGUGCAGCACAUGAAGGUGAAAAAGAUUUAUGUUCACGAUCAGUAUCAGAUGGGAGAUUACAAACAUGAUAUUGCCGUUGUGGAGGUGCUUGGUCGCGUUAUUUUUACGCAAAGAGUUGUGCCCGUUUGUGUGGAUUUGAGUGAGUCUGAGGAUGGUUAUUUCUACAAACACUACGGAAAGGUGCCAGGAUGGGGAUAUACCGAGUACGACUCGGUCUCCAACUGGCUCAGGAUGACGGAGUUGCCGUUCGUUAACUACACCGCUUGUCUGGCGAGUAAUCCGGAGGUGUUUUCACAUACCAUUUAUGAGGGAAUGUUUUGCGCUGGAUAUGCGAACGGGACCAGUGUUUGUAACGGAGACUCCGGAGGUGGGUUGGUGUCGUUCAAACGAGAUCACUGGCUUCUGCAGGGAGUUGUGUCCUUUACUGCGCUUCGUGAAGGGGAAGAUACGCUUUGUGACAGCAAGGAGUUUGCUGGUUUCACAAAAGUUCGCUUUUAUCGUGAUUGGUUAAAUAGCAUUCUUAAGGAUGAGGUUGAACCGAAUCGUUCGGUGUUACCGGUAGCGAAGAAAAAAGUUGAAAAACCUCCGGAGGAAGAGGAUGUUGAGGAUGAUGUGGUAGCCUGUGGUGAACGGAAGAUCAACAAGCAGCAUUUGAUAGUUAACGGAGUUCGUAGCUACUCCGGUGAGUGGCCCUGGCAUGUGGCAGUGUACGAAGUUGAUGGCCGACAGAAACGGUACAUUUGCGGAGGAACUCUGAUUAGCGAUCAAUUCGUGAUGACGGCUGCCCACUGCAUACUGGAUGACACACUGAAGCAACGAAGUGGCGUUAUAGUGGUUCAACUUGGUCAGAAUGACCUGUUUGAAAGUUCGGCAAAUAUGAGGGAGGUUCGAGUUAGCAAAAUCACUUCGCAUCAACAGUUUGAUCCGCAAACUAAGAGCAAUGACAUUGCACUGCUGGAACUGUCAUCGAAUGUACAAUUUAACGACUACAUUCAGCCUGCGUGUCUACCGAAGAAACAGAAAGGUAGUGGGUCCAUUGUACCGGGAGCACUAGGUACUAUUGUUGGCUGGGGAUAUCAACAGCCUUGGUCUUUCAUGAUUUCGAACAUUUUACAAGUCACCAAAUUACCCAUUGUCAACCAGUCAUUGUGCGUUAUCGGGGGAAACCUGGCAGCGGAGAUGGACGGAAUUAUUUGCGUGGGCUCAGACAAAGGAUCAAAUGCGUGCACAGGAGACUCAGGAGGGGGCAUGUUUUUCGAAAGGAAUGGCAUCUGGACUGUUGGAGGCAUCAUCUCCGCUUUAGAUACUAACAAUGGUUUCUGUAAUCCAGAUGGAUACUUGAAGGCUACCAAUACGGGCCAUUUCGGAAAAUGGAUCAAGCAAGUGAUAAAAGCCGCGCUGCACGGCAUCAAACCUACCGACGAUCGAAACAUGUCCUUCAUGCAGACACCAACCAACUAUCCAACCGCACCCAACAGUCCGGCAGCCUCCAGCCGUCCAGCUGGCGAGUCCCAUGUGCAUCAUCAUCAGCAUCAUCAUUACCAUCACUAUGACUACCCGGCGGCGGCGUCCGGAGGAGACCGGGAACAUGUUCCCUGCAUGGAGCAAACCGGUUCAUCGGAGAGUAACGAAUCGAGCCUGACAGCACCGAUCAAAAGGAUAAUCAAAAAGAAAAAAUGCUUUAUCAAGGAUUUGACAAGCAGUCUGCUGUCCAAACUGUUUUGAGUCACCGCUCUGGCGAGCUUCAUUAACAUG